CCGUUGUCGAACCUUGCUGGACCACUGUAUUUCCCCCUGUUGAUGCUUCAUUUAUUAACUUUGUUAGCUACCAUGCAUGGGGGUCCAACUUUCUGGCCUCUGAACGUGUUGGUCGCUCCUAUGUCCGAGCCUGAGAUAAGAAACCACCUCACCACACUACAGCGACGGAGCAGGUUCUGUUUGGAUUAUGAAGUUGGUUUAUUUCAUACGUUGUGCCAGUUUCAAAUCUCACUGCCAGCAGUGUCGAAUCCAGCGCUGCAAUGCGGAGUACGUGGCUUCUACCUCACCCUCUAGUGGUCUGCAGGAGGAUGUGGCUCUGGAUGUGGACUACUGCAUCGCCCUGCGGGCCUACGCCCUGUGCACCCGGCGGCAGGCCCGCAGCUGCAGGGGUGACCUGGUCUACCACUCGGCUGUCUUCCGCAUUAAGGAGUUAUUCUCUCAGCACAACUGCUCCAGCGAUGGGCCCACCUCCCCCGCCAAGGUCCCCAGCACGUCUCGGCCGGCCGUGUCAGAGCUGUGCGACUACGAGAAUCGGGUCCUUGUGUCGGGCUCGGCUGGUCAGCAGAAGAAAUACGCCCACUGUGGAUUAUUCGGAGACCCGCACCUACGGACUUUCCGAGACGAGUUUCAGACCUGCAAGGUGGAAGGGGCAUGGCCUCUGAUCGACAACCGCUUCCUGUCGGUGCAGGUGACCAACGUGCCUGUGGUCCUCGGCUCGAGUGCUACAGCAACCAGCAAGAUCACAGUGAUCUUUAAGUCCUACCACGGCUGUACAGAUCAGAAGGUAUACCAGGCCACCACUGAGGAUCUGCCGUUGGCUUUUCAGGAUGGUACUCGCAGUGGAGGUGAGAGCGGCAGCCUGACCAUUGUAGAGCGAGGUGGCUCUGGAGUGGGCCGGCAUGUGAAGAUUCAGGCCCGUUACAUCGGCACGUCCAUCAUCAUUCGGCGCGUAGGCAGCUACUUGACCUUCGCCAUCCGCAUGCCAGAGGACAACCUGGACUUUUCGGAGGACAGUGGCGGUCUGCAGCUCUGUCUGCACGGUUGCCCGCGGAACGAGCUCAUCAAAGAGCACACGCUGGGCCGUCAGAGCCAGCAGCCCCGACUGCAGGGCACCAACACAGAGCUGGGCCCUCUGCGGCCUCCUCACCAGGUCUACACAGUGGAACGGGCCACGGCCAAGUGUAGAGAGACUCUGCAGGUGGAGGAUGUUUACUUUCAGUCCUGUGUGUUUGACUUGCUGACCACAGGAGACCCUGAGUUCUCUAUGGCAGCCUAUGGCGCUCUGGAGGAUUUAAAGGCACUGCCGCCCAGUAAACUGAAGCAGAACUCCCCGAGGACUCCUCUUCUAUACAACAGAGGGGUGUCACACACGUCGGCUGCAGCAGCAGCCAACAGCCCCCUGCUCUCACUCCUACUCCUCAUUCUGCUGCUUUUGUAAAAAAAAAUAAAUAAAUAAAUAAAUAUAAAUGAUUUUAAAAAGGAGAGACGUGGAGGCAUUUCCAGCUUGAGGAAAGAGUGACUAGAGCGCAGACAUAUAUGUUUUGUUUUCUUUUUUUUUUUGAAUUUUUUAAUGUUUCUCUGUUUUUGUCAUUUGAAGGAUUUCGCUCUCAAAAAAGAUGACACUUGUUCCCACUUUACAUUUUCUGUGGAUUAAUAUAGGGAUCACAUCAUUUGAGGAAAAACACAAUUACACAGUCAAAUCUUUUAAAUUGUGUGUGCUGACCUCAAGGUGGCUGAAAAAGUUUUUUUGUAAAUAUUUCAUUUUUACUGAGAAAAAGCACAACCUCCAAACACUUCUCCAUGAAUGGAGCUACAUAUAACUCCAUAAACUGUAAGCUGUGUUUUUUUAUGCAGAGCAAUGUGGCAUUUAGAUCCUGUAUAAUCCAGUAAUAUCAAUAGCACUUACAGGUUUUAACAGCAAGUUUUGUGUAUUUAUAUGUUGUUUUUUGGUCUAUUUCAACAGUUAUUUCAGAAAUCGGCAUGCUAAAUACACAGGAUCCAACAACUGUAUGUAAAAACUACCUAUCCAUAAUAUAUGAUGCAUCAGUGUGAUAUUCUCAGCAGCUCUCAUCUUCUGUGAAACACUCCUCUUCAAGCUGUUUGGCUUCCAGUCAUAAAGGCAAAAAAAAAACAAAAAAACCCCACAAAUCUUUAUAUAAUAAUAUAUUAAAAGAGUGUAUAUAUGUGUUUUAUAUUGUGUACAUUUGCCUGUGUAUAGAUGUUUUAACUGUAAUAUGUUUUACAUUUGUUGUGUUUAGUAGGUUAUUUUCAGACAUUGUAAGAAAAGUAAACUAAUAUGUGUUGUGUUGUAUCUGUAAUUUUCUGUAUUAAAGUGUUGGACACUCUGGAUGAAGAGA